UUCACGCAGGCCCUGGGGACGCUCAGGGACGCCCAGGGACCGCGGUGUCACCGCGUGUUCCGGGGCGUGCGCGGGGUGCGGUUCGCGGCGCGGCGCGGCGACGCCGUGCGCUUCGGUCACUUCGCGUCGGCGUCGCUGCGCAACGAGAGCUCCUGGGGCUUCGGCACGGACGCGGCCUUCCAGGUGCUCACCUGCCAGGGCGUGGCCAUCCGGGAAUUCUCCUUCUUCCCGCACGAGGAGGAGGUGCUGAUCCCG